AUGGCACUUUCCGUCUACCGGAACCGGUGGAAGACAUUUGAUACGGCCCUGUAUGAGACCCUUCUCUCUGAAGAGAGAGGCAUGAGGCAUGAGUUGAUGGAUGGACCACUCACUGAAUGUGGAAUUGGAUGGAUGGUCACAGCCCGAGUUGUGGACAACAGCUCAGUGGCUGUUUGGAGAGAACAGUAUUUUUCAGGGAUUUUCAAGUGGCCCCUGCACUACGGGACCCUGCUGGGCAGCAGAGCUUGUGCCACCAUGGCAGCAGCUGCCUGGGGCGCUGGGGUCCUUAAUUCCGUGCUGCACACUGCCAAUACAUUUUCCCUGCCUCUGUGCCAUGGCAAUGCUGUGGAUCAGUUCUUCUGUGAAAUCCCCCAGAUCCUCAAGCUCUCCUGCUCACAGUCCUACCUCAAGGAAAUUUCACUUCUUGUAUUUAGUAUAACUUUAGUAUCUGGGUGCUUUGCUUUCAUUCUUUUCUCCUAUGUGCAGAUCUUCAGGGCCGUGCUGAGGAUGCCCUCUGUGCAGGGUCGGCACAAAGCCUUCUCCACGUGCCUCCCUCACCUGGCUGUGCUCUCUCUCUUUGUCAGCAGUUCCACAUUUGCCUACCUGAAGCCCCCAUCACUUUCCUCCCCAUCCCUGGACCUGGUGGUGGCAGUGUUAUACACGGUGGUACCUCCAGUCAUGAACCCCAUCAUCUACAGCAUGAGGAACCAGGAGAUCAAGCAAGCUCUCAGGACACUGUUUGGACAUAUAUUGCUUCAGCACCACUAA